AUGCCUCCAAUCGGCAGGCUCCACGUGGCAUCAGGAGUCCAGGCCACCUCAUUGUCGUUCUUCGCCUGCUUGUGCGACUUCGAAUCGUUCUUCCAGAGCUGCACUUCCAUCCGUCGUCUUAUCGCGUUUCCCGCUCCCUUGAUUACAAUCCCCUCCACCACCCCCCCCUCCCUUCCUACCCCCUUAACCACAUCUCCCCCCUCUCUCUCCGCCCCCUCUCCCGCCCCACCCCUCUCUCCACCCCGCCCCACCCCGCCCCACCCAACCCCCCCCACCCCCUCCCUCCCCCUCCUCCUCCCAGCUCCCUCGUUGAACCUCCUGCGCAAUGCGGGCUUCGAGGGAGUUUCCGAUGCAGCAGAGUGGCCCUCGCCCCUGUCGUCCUGGGUGCCGCUCGUCCCCAGCGCAGCACAGCAGCAAGGGGAGGUGGCGGGGGAGGGGGGAGAGGUAGGGGGAGGGGUAGGGGUAUGGGGAGGGGUAGGGGGAGGGGGAGGGGAGGCUCCGCCCGGGGACCCGUCCGUUGCUGCUGAGGGCGGUCGGUUCGUUCGCCUGCAGCCCAGCGACGGCAGUGGCGGCACCGGUGGCGAGCUUUGGGGCAGCGGGGCGAGCGAGAGUGAAGGGGCAGUGUGGCCGGUGCAGGGACUGGGGCAGCUGCUGUGUGUCGUGGACGGGGGGGAGCAGCAGCAGCAGCCGCAGCAGCAGGGGGAGGAGGAGGGGGAGUUUUCGCUGUAUUUCUAUGCGAGGGCACGCGAGUGCACUAUGGAUCCGUUUUCUGCCUCUGGAUUGCGGCCGAUGCGAGCAAUGAUAGUUGCCGUGCCCCUGCCAACGACUGCUGGCAGCACAGGCAGCAGCGUGGACGAGGGCGAGCUGGCGAGGGCGCUAGCAGCCGCUAUGAGCAGCGGAGAUAUGAUGGUGCUGCAUCAAUGGAACAUUGGCGUUCCCUGCCUCAACAACAACUCCAACUCUCUCUCGGGCCUCCUGCCCUGGCGCCAGCACGGGCCCUACUCCUUCCACCUCCCUCCCUCCUCCGCCUCCGCCGCUGCUCUAUCCUUCCCGCCGCAAGGCGUUGCUCUGCACCUCGUGCUGCUGGAGGGAAAGGGGGCGGACACCGUGGUGUUGCCUGGUCCCGUUUGGGUGCCCGUUCCCGGAGCUCCCUUUGGGUCUGGGGGCUCGUCGCUGCCUGGGGGCUCGUCGCUGCCUGGGGGCUCGUCCGUGACUGGAGAUGCGGCCGCGUCGGGGGCUGUUCCAAUGGCAGCAGCGGUGGAAGGCGGGGCGCUGACGUCAGCGGCAGCAGCAGCAGGGAACAUCAAUGUGGAUCUGAUCACGGUGGCUCCCAGAGGCACAGGUGCGCUCAGAGGCACAGGUGCGCUCAGAGGCACAGGUGCGCUCAGAGGCACAGGUGCGCUCAGAGGCACAGGUGCGCUCAGAGGCACAGGUGCGCUCAGAGGCACAGGUGCGCUCAGAGGCACAGGUGCGUUCCUUGGGAUCACAGCAGCCUCCUCCCCUCCGUCAUUCUCCUACUCCCCGCUGACCUCCUCCUCUCCCCUCCUCACCUCCGUCUCGGCCCGGCUCACCUCCUCGCUGCGCCUCACCCCCCUCUCUCCCCCCCACCAAGCGGGCCUUGCCCUGCACCCCACGCCCUUCCCCCUCGUCUCCCCCGCCUCCCCCACCUCCCCCUGCCGCCCCUACUCCUUCUCCUCCUCCUUCUCCUUCCGCCUCUCCUCCCCCCAAUCCGCUGCUGCUCUCGGGGCAGACGGCUUUUCUUUCGUUCUCCUGCCCGACCCGACCGUCGGGCUGCCCGGGCCAAACAUGGGAUACGGCAGAAGGCCUUACAGUCAGGAAGAGGUGUUUGUGGCUGCAGAAGGGGGGGGACUUGUGGGUGGGGGAAUGGGGGAAGAGUGUGUGGUAGUGAAUGGGGCCUUUGAAUGCACCCCGCUUGGCAGCAGCAGUGGCAUCACAUAUAACAGCAGCCUGCCACAUCAGCACAGCCUGGCAGUGGAGUUUGACACGUCAUCAACUCGUCUGUUUGUGGACCCAACCACUCACCACGUGGGGGUGAACGUGGAUUACAGCAUGACGUCAGCAGGCCAUGCGUGCGUGCACCCCGCGGGCAUCCCCUGGCUGGGCGGCAACGAGACGCUGCAUGCGUGGGUGGCCUACAACGCCACCGCCUCGCUGCUCUCCGUGCGCCUCUCCUCCUCGCCCGCCAUGCCCCCCUCCGCCCUCCUCUCCCUCCCCUUCAACGCCUGCGACCUCUUUCACAUUGCUCCAAAAGAGGACGGAGGGGAGGGGGAGGCCGUGUUGGUGCAUGCGGGGUUUGCAGCCGGCACGGGGCUGCUGCCGCUGCACACUCAGACGCACGACAUCCUCUCCUGGGCCUUCCAGGUCGACACGCAAGGUGAGCGGGGGAGUGGGCAAGGGGAAGGGCAAGGGGAAGGGCAGUUGCGAACGCCGGCUCCUCCUCCCCUGUGGCUGCCGCCGUCGCUCUCCUUCCCCUUCCUCACGCAAGGCGCCCGCUUCACUGUCUCGGGUUCUACUCGCCAAACCUUCUCCUCGCUGCAACUCACUCCGGGCAACGACGACGGGGAGGCAGGCGCUGCCUUCUUCCCUCUCCCCCUGCCCCUGCUCUCGCUCCUCCCUGCCCCUCCCCAACGCAAGGGGAAAAAGGGUGGGAAAACUGAUGCAGUGGUGUGCAAGGCUCGGUCCUUCACCUCGUGGUUUCCGUUUGAGCUCAAGGGAAGCAGUUUCUCUGGAUACGGGGUAGUUUUUGUGCUAAGUACUCGGCCAGAGGUGGGGCAAGGAGGGGCGGCUAUGGGGUGUGGCCGCGACUCGGCAGACAGGAAUGCAAAUGGGACAUGGGCGGAUGGAGGGAGGAGUGUGGCGGUGAUGUUUGAUGCCUUUAGCGGCCUUGACCCUAACCAUGACGUUAACAAGGAUGUGGCGAUUCUCUCCGUUCACACUGACUUUAACGUGACUCAGCGGCUGGCUUUUUCGUCUCAGAAGAAAUACACUUCAUCCUCCUUAUACAGCAUGAGGGUGGACUAUACGGCUGCCACUAAGACUCUAGAGGCAGUGACUUAUAAAGGGGCUACGAGGAUGGGGAGUGUGAAGCUGACACUUGACCUGUGCUCUGUGUUCUAUGAUGGCAAUAGCAGCACCGAGGGAGUGAUUCCGGUGUUUGCUGGGUUCAGCAGUGCCAACACGCGGGCAUGCGUUCAGUCCAUCAAAGCGUGGACGAUUCGAUUCACAGACGUCAACCCAUGCACAGCAUGGGACGUGAAUCCAUGCGGUGCUGGCAGGUGCACUGCGGUGCGGUCAGCAGCCACAGGCACAUACACCAGCACGUGCUCGUACCCUCUCAGCCAGCCCAGCUACAAGCUCCCCCAAAUGCCCGCCUUCCAAACGUGCUUCAAUGAGUUCCCCACAUGUCGUCUUAACAGCACUGACACCUGUGCGCCUGGCGUGUGCCUCGACGGCUAUGAUGCCUCCUCCUUCUGCCUCUGCCCGCCCUCCUUCUUCCCCCUCGACUACUCUAACCCCCUCAAGCAGCCCUGUAACCAAGUGAGUGAGUCUGCUACUCGAGUGCCAUUCUUCCCAGCACCCCCCGGCCUCACAUGCCCUCUGCUGCUCGACAUCUUUGACCUCUCACCUCAAGAGCUGCUGGGGAGCAACAAGGACAUGGCAUGUGACAAGCCCAUACCUCGUGGCUUGAUAGUCAACGUGUCGGCAUCUGCCAACAAGAACUGCACCAGCAUGUAUACCACCAACCAGGGUGACACGUGCACGUCAGUCAACAGCCUCCUUGACACCAACAUAACAGAUCUAAACCGUAACAUUGAUUGCUCACAACCUCUCGUUCCUGGAAAGCGCAUAUGUGUGCGGAACAACCCUGACGUCCCCACGCCCCGGGUGGCGGCCUGCAUGAUUCACCUCGGGCUCAAUCCAGAGAUGCACACGUGCCAGCGGCUCUCCACGGUCGGCUACGGGUUUAACCAAAUGAGCUACUCAAAGAUUUUCCUCGCCAACCCCGCUCUCUACUGCGACCAACUGCUGCCCGGUGCAGCUGGGUGGGACGACUCAGUUCUCGACUCGGUGAGUGGGUCAUUUGAAUUUCACGUGACACUCACAUGA